AUGGGUAUUCAGCGGUGCAUUACUUUGGAUGUGCAACUGGGCUUCGCAUUGCGCUGGCUCCAUCAUGAACUGGCUGCCACCGCUUUGCAGGAUCUGCGGGCUAAAAACAUGCCGUUCACCAUCGGCAAUCUGGUCACCGCUAGAGGCUCUCCUGCAUAUAGCGUGGCCCUCACGGCACCUGUGAUUGUCAUUUUGCUCUGCUUCUCCAUCUGGAUGGUCCGGGUCAUCAUAUCCACGCGCCCUAAGUCCCAUCUCUUCGACGACCUUCCCACCGUUCUUCUAUAUGGACCACUGUAUAAGACCUACUGCGAUAAUGCCGCCGUAUUCGCUAUGGUCCCGUUCUUCUUAAAUCUUGGGGCCGUUGGAUACACCCGUGCCUUUGGUCAGCUCUGGGAUUCCUGUGGGCCGAUUCGCCCCGGCUUCGUGAGGCAUUGGCCGAUUAUCCUUGGGUCCGUGCUAGAUCCAAUGGCCCCCACGUUGCCAUUUUCCGGGGCCGUCUCGCAGUGCUAA